UCCACAGUGACCACCCACCUCUGCUGCGUCACCACCGCCACCACCAACCAUUACCUCCCGGAACCAUCAUUUGACCUCCCACAACCAUGAUAGCUCACACCGACGACACCAGCCCCAACAAAACGACGUGGUGACGCCACGUCACCAGCCUCAACCAUGAGCACCAGUCAGCCCAAUGCUGCCAUGCCACACCAGCAACGACAGCAACCAGGCAAGCACCAGCCGACUCAAUCCCACGUCGCGGUGAUGACGUGGCUUGUCAACGGCUGGAGCCUGGUUUUGUUAAAUUAGAGAACGAAGUCAUACAGAAGCCAUCACAUCUGCCAUUUCGUUCUUUUUAGCCCGCUGCUAUGUGCCCAAGAACUUUCCAAGCCGAACCUUUCUGACGUGCCACGAAGUCCACAGCAGCAACCACGACGACAACAAAUGAUCAUGGAGGAACGAGUGCUGCCAAAAGUCGCCGUUGCCCACACCACACACCACACACCAACCAUCGCCACGUCACUCUGCCGCGCACGCCGUUUCGAUGACAUAUGUACCAGUAUGCACUUGCAGGGGCAGGAAGGGGGUUUGAGAAGGGGGUAUACAGAGCUUGUGGAAGGGACCCAAUGGGGGAGGGAUGUGUCCCUCCUGGCGUCGCUGGUGUGGAUGGCAAAGGAUUCUUUAAUAGUGUACUGUCGUAUUCUCACUGUAUUGUGCUAGUACCAUACAAUGAUCAGUUAUACCUAAUUUUUUGCU